AUGGGUGCAGUCAACAGCAAGGCGGGCGAUGCAGGCGCCCUCUACCUGCGCGACCAGACUCGCUUUUCGGUGGCCUCGCUCAACAUCACCAACGCCCGCAACCGCACGCUUCUCAACAUCUCGCCCAACGCCUUCCCCGCGACCCGCUAUGCUGCCAGGCGCGAGUUCGGUGACGACAGCGUCAUCGAGUACAUCCAGGACCCCGAGGCAGUGCCGCACGCCGACGGCCCUCCCGCCUUCCUCAUACGCCUGCCCAACGACGAGGAGCUGACCUUCAACUUCACCUUCAUACUGCGCCAGCACCUCGCAGUCCCCACCAUUUACAGCGCCAACACGGCUUCCCAAGUCGCCCCCACCGGCCUGGUCGACACCAACAUCAACGGCCUGACCUUUGUCUUUGCCUCGAGCUCAAAGGACCUGGACAACCUGGUCACGCGCGAGUUCCACGCCAAUCCCAACCUCCACAAGAACCCCCAGGUAGAGCUAGUCGGCGAUUACUCCACCGGCGGUCACUCGUCGGUCCAGUUCCAGUGGUCGUGGAAAUGGACGCCGCCCCGCACCCCCGAGUCGCGCGGCGGGGGCUGGCGCACAAGUUGCAGUUUUGUCGAGUAUGACCAGCGCGCACACAGGCUCGAGACGCUGGCGAGCUUCACAUUCUGGGUCCAGAACACGGCGCGCCAGCUGCAAAGCCCGAAAUCUCCCUCACCACGCCUAGAACUCGGCGUCCCUCCCCGACUGCGCGUGCCGUCUGCACAGUCGAUAGAGUCACGAGUGAGCGACUCAGCGGGCGAAGACCGUGAGUGGGACAACAUACCACCGAGAUCACCAAUCUGCGAACCCAUUCCAGAGCAUAGCCUAGGCCUCAUACCAAGCCAGACAACCACUCUGUCGAGCGGGAGUGCGCAGGUGAAGCUCGACGUGUCGCGCCCGGGCGAGGAUCUCAGUCAGACCGACGAUGGGCCGCUCUUCCGCGCCACGAUGAAGUCACUCGAGCAGAAGACGGGCAACAUGCGUACAAGGUGGAAGAAAGUCCUCAAACGCGCCGAAUCUGCCAUGGAAGCCCAGGCGGCAUGCAACAAUGCCAUGGCUGACCUCAUGGAUGCGCUCAGAGAGGCCUCGUCGUCCAACGCAAACGCAGUGCAGCCGGCCAUUGAUCACUACUUUGACAAGAUUGCCAAGGAGAUCCUUGGAUACGAAAAGUCGAAUACCACCAACAUCCAAAAACUCAUUAUUGAUCCCAUAUACAAGCUUUACAAUAUCGACAUCAAGCAGGCCGAGACAAAGCGCAAAGACUUUGAGGAGGAGAGCAAAGAUUAUUACCAGUACCUGGGAAGAUACCUUGGGCAAAGACAAGAUUCACUGAAAGAGAAGAAACGCGCCGAGACGGAUUCCAAAUACCAAGCAAAGAGGCGCAACUUUGAGCUGAAGCGAUUCGACUACUCAUCCUUUAUGCAGGACUUGCAUGGAGGCCGGAAGGAUCAAGAGGUCCUUUCCCACCUUACGCGAUAUGCCGACGCCCAGGCUAAGCGCUACCUAGAGACUGCAAAGAAGAUCGAGACCAUGUUGCCACAUCUAGAGGCUCUUAGUUGCGAAGUGAAGGAGGCAGACAAGGAGUUUCAGAUUCAGAGGACCGAAAGAGAAGAGAAGAGGCGAGCGCUGGAGACGAUCAAGAAGACUUUGGACGACGUGCCUGCGCCUUCGCUCACAUCUCCUGCAGCAUCAUCGGGUAGUGUGCCUCGGACAACGUCGAGGUCAGACCCAGAGCCACCUCCUGGCCGCAAGGGUAGCCUUGUGCCCAUGUUCCAAAGCACAGUAAUGCCUCCCCAAACUAUCUCAUCUACAAGCAUUCCCUCCUCAAUAGCACUACCGCAAAGUCCCGAGGCCACCAAAUCGAGUCUGGCAAUGGUGGCGCCGCAGCCGGACAAGUUCAAAGGCAUCAGAGAUCUCGAAGAGAAGGACCCUGCUGCAAUGGCUGAAGCUGGUUCAGGUGCGCAUCGCAAAGAAGGUCUUUUGUGGGCACUGAGCAGGCCUGGAAGCCAUGUGGAUCCCAAGGGCUUGAACAAGCAAGCCUGGCACAAGUUCUGGAUCGUCCUUGAUCAGGGUAGACUUUCAGAGUACACCAACUGGAAGCAAAGUCUGGAGCUCCACAUGGAACCAAUCGACCUUCGCAUGGCUUCGGUAAGAGAAGCACGCAAUGCGGACCGCCGAUUUUGCUUCGAAGUCAUCACCCCACAAUAUACUCGAGUGUAUCAGGCGACCAACGAAGAAGACAUGAAGUCAUGGAUCAGUGCAGUCAACAAUGCUUUGCAGACAGCCGUCGAGACGGCAGGAAAAUCUGACCGGCCAUCCACUGAUUCACUGCCCGGACAAACGCAUCGUGAUAUUGCAUCAGUGCUUACCGGAAAGAGUCCAUCAAUGUCAAGCCAUCGCAACACAUACGGCUCCAAGGCACCCGCGCGACAUGCUACAGUAGGCGAUCGGCCUGGCGGUUACCGGCGGGAGGAGACGUUCGGCGACGAAGGCAAGCUGCUCAAGCAAGUCAGAGAUGCAGAUUCUAACAACAGGGUGUGCGCGGAUUGCGGUACUGAGAUCAAAGUCGACUGGGUUUCCAUCAAUCUCGGCAUCAUCAUUUGCAUUGAGUGCAGUGGCAUUCAUCGAUCACUAGGCACGCACAUCACCAAAGUGCGCUCUUUGACUUUAGAUGUUACAUCCUUCACCCCCGAUAUCAUCGAGAUACUGCUCAAGAUCGGCAACCGCAUCAGUAAUUCUAUAUGGGAAGCAAGGCUAGAUCCAGGGCUGAAGCCAGGGCCAAUGUCGACGAGAGAGCAGAGGUUGCACUUCAUCACGUCAAAGUACGCCGAUCGAGCAUUCGUGGCACCCAUAACACCGAACAUGUCGCACUACGCAAACCCAGAGGAGACGCUUUUAGCGUCGGUUAAGAAGAACGACAUUCAGAACGUACUCUACGCGCUGGCACUGAGAGCGAAUGCGAACGCACGCGAUCGAUCACGAGGCACGCAUGCAGUAUUUCUCGCGCUUGCAGCCGCCGACCCAGCGUCCCCUUCAGCCACAGCAUCACCUGCAAGCUCUCCAGGCUCAGGCGUCCGCCCAGGCACAGCACAGCCUACGCGCAAAGCCUUCCCCGUCGCAGAGCUGCUGCUGCAAAAUGGCGCAGAGUUGCCGAUGCUGCCGGCGCCCAUCCCACUUGGGCACUCGGCACGAAGCUAUCUUGACUUCAAGACAGAGCAGCGUGCUGGCAAACGUCCAGCACCCAUGGUGGGAAGUCAGCCCCCACCCAGCGCAGAGAAAUUGCCGUCGUUGCCGCCUAUCAUGGCAGGAAACGGCAGCUCUCCGUCGGAACGAGCGCGGGAACGGGACGCACGACUGCAAAAACGAGUUUCGGCGAGCGGAAGGUUGGUCAAAACCCCAAAUGUGGACUUGAGUGAAGGUAAGCGCGGCUCGUAG